GUCUCAAAACUACAACACGGUUUUGGCUGUAAACAUUCAAAAGAGCUAAAAACGAAAGCCAUCAAACAAUCUGUCAUAAACAUGGAAGUGGGCCGCGUAAUUGUCGUGACAAUAUUGGCGUACUGCUCCAUCUUCCUCCUCUCCGAGGCAAUCAGGCAUGUGGGGAACGACUUAAAUGUUGGAUUCUACGAUAAAACUUGCCCCCAAGCCGAGCAAAUUGUGGCUGAUGUUGUUUCCAGGGGCAUGGCGAUGAAUCGAGGCAACGCUGCUGGCCUCAUCCGCCUCUUUUUCCACGAUUGCUUUGUCAAUGGCUGUGAUGCCUCAAUUCUGUUGGACUCAACGCCAUCUGGUGAAAGUGUAGAGAAAGAAUCAGGAGCCAACAGUGGCACCCUCCGGGGCCUUGAAAUAAUUGACAAGAUCAAGGCACAGCUUGAGCAGGAAUGCCCUGACAUUGUGUCUUGUGCUGAUAUAUUAUCAUUUGCAAGCCGGGAAGCUGUUGCACGAUCUGGUCUAUCAUACUAUCAUGUACCUGCCGGCCGCCGUGAUGGUCUCUCUUCCCGUGCAGAUGAUACACGUGGUAACAUUCCCGGUCCAUCAUUACAUGUCGAUGCUAUAGCUGAAAUCUUCACGAGGAAAGGCUUGACCGUAGAAGAAAUGGUUGUCCUAACCGGUGCACACUCAGUUGGCGCUUCCCACUGCAAGUUCUUUGAUUACAGACUAUAUAAUUUCAGCUCAACUAAUAGGAGAGACCCUGACCUUAACAUAGUCUAUGCUAAUUUUAUAUCAUCCUUGUGCCCACCCCAACAGUCUUUGCUUGCACAAGUCAGAGGUAAUCAACCCGUGGACUUCGAUCACAUAUCGCCCAACAGGCUGGAGAAUACAUUCUAUCUCAAGCUGUUGAAAGGGAUUGCACUGCUUGAAUCUGAUCAGGGAUUGGCUAAUGAUCCCAGGACAAGGGAGAUUGUGCAUAGAAUGGCUUUCAAUCGAGAAGCAUGGUCAAACAAGUUCACUCAGGCCAUGAUUAGGCUGGGGAGGGUGGAUGUGCUCACUGGAAGAGAAGGGGAAAUAAGGAAAGACUGUCGGGCUGUUAACUGA